AUGACAUCUAAAUCGAAAAAACUUCUGAAAGUCAUUGAUGGGCUUCGUGCUUGGAAUUUAGCUGCUACUAUAUCAGGCAGCAACCAGAAGUCAGGAAUUGAUAUCAAAGAAGUUUUAAAAAGCGAUCAUUUUCAACUAGGCACUAUUGUUAAGCACGGAUUCCCAUACCAGCCUUUGUGCAUGGGAUUUGACCCAGUCCAAAGGAUUUUGGCUGUUGGGACUAUGAAUGGGUGCAUUAAGUUCACCAAAUUAGUUCACUUAAUGACGCGUGAAGAUAACACGACUUCUUUGUUGCCCACCAUUUACACAUAUUUUUUAAUUUAA